AGAACCCUCUUCCUUCCUCACCUUCUUCCUCCUCCCCCAGCACCAGCACCAGCACCAGCAGAGAGAAAGCCGCCUCCUCACCGUCACGCGUCACCUUCCCUUCCAUUUCCUUUCCUUCUAGAACCCUCCAGAACCUCCUCCCGCUGCAACGGAGCCCCCCACCGCCUCUAGCACGGAAGGCCGCCCCAGCGAUGAAGCACCCGCCGCCGCCGACGCCGCGCCGCUGCGGCGUCGUGGCGGCGGUCGUCGCGCUCGUCCUCCUCGCCUGCCUACAGAUCCAGUACCACCACCUCAAGGUGGAUCUCGGGAAGGCCGGCUUUGCCUCUGCCACGCAAGAAAAUACCAACCGCAUUCACUUGGGGAUCACCACCAAGGCGGCCACUGCCACCACCAACUCCUUGCCGCGCGGGAUCGUCGAGCGCCACUCCGACAUGUAUCUCCGACCGCUCUGGGAUGACUCCGCUGCAGCCACCCACAAGAAUAAAAAUGAUGACCCCAGUGCUCUCCUGGCCAUGGCAGUUGGCAUCUCCCAAAUAAAAAACGUCGACACUAUGGCACGUAAGUUUCUCAAGGAAAACUAUGCAGUAAUGCUCUUCCAUUACGAUGGAAAUGUAGAUGGAUGGCGUCAUCUUGAGUGGAGUGAUAAGGCCAUACAUAUUCUCGCUCACAACCAAACAAAAUGGUGGUUUGCUAAGCGUUUUCUUCAUCCUGAUGUCAUGGCUAUAUAUGAUUUCAUCUUUUUAUGGGAUGAAGACCUUGGAGUGGAUAACUUUAACCCAAGAAGGUAUCUGGAUAUAAUGGUUUCUGAAGGCUUAGAAAUAACACAACCUGCUCUGGACCCUGAUUUAUCAACUGAUAUCCACCAUCGAAUCACAAUCCGCAAUAAGCUGUCAAAAGUGCACAGGAGAAUAUACGACAAUCGACCUAGUAUGAAUUGUUCUGAUGAAAGUAAAGGACCUCCUUGUACAGGGUGGGUUGAGGGCAUGGCACCAGUUUUUUCUCGCGCUGCCUGGAAAUGUGUGUGGCAUCUAAUCCAGAAUGAUCUAAUUCAUGGAUGGGGUCUUGACAUGAAGCUUGGCUAUUGUGCUCAGGGUGAUCGAACUGAGAAAGUUGGUGUAAUUGAUAGUGAGUAUGUUGUCCAUCAAGGGAUACCAUCUUUAGGAGGACCAUCACUUAGCAGCAAGACACCUCGAAGAUCACUGGAUUUGAGGACCCAUAUAAGAAGACAAUCAUCAGCUGAGCUGGAGAAGUUCAAAGAACGGUGGAACAGGGCUGUAAGGGAAGAUGAAGGAUGGAGGGAUCCUUUUGAAUCUUGAAUUCAAAAGUCGAUUGCUUAGAGAGCAGAAUGUGAUGACACCACAGAUGAGUGAAGCUGGUCAGUGGCCGCAGUCAUAUAUAGCAGUAGUUAUAGGAUGAUGAAUGACUUACACACACCACCACAAUUUUAUCCCCGUGAGACAAAGGAAGUACUGGAAAAUGUUAUCGUCAAUACAAGGAGCAGCUUAUGGAGGAGAUGAAACUAACAAGGGACUAUACUAUACACAGUGCUGUAAUUUUUGGUCCGUCGACUAGAGUUGUAUUGUAUAGUGAUAUAUCAUAUAAGAAAGAUACAUGCUUGACGCUUGUGCAGUUAUUUAACCAGAAAUCUUACAUACAUAACCUAGAGCAGAUUUCUUUCCUACAAACUGUACUAUUGCAUUAUGGUACUACCAUGUAAGAGGAAGAAGAAGCCUCCCUGGGUAGUGGAAUUCCGGUGUUA